UCUGGGACUGGAGGGGGGGUUCUUUGGGCCUGAACAGAGCUGUGUGUGUUUUCCUCUCCUUCUUAGCCUCUAUUCAGACAGCAGAGCAGCAGAGAGAGAGAAGCAGAGUAAAGGAGAGAAAGAUGUCCGCUCGAGGAGUGUGUGUGUGGGGUGUUGUGUUUUUGUGUGUUGUGUCUGUCUGUCAGGCCGGAAGACAGAUGCCCAAACUCUCCAACAAGAAACUGUGUGCCGACGCUGAGUGUAGCCACCCCAUCCUGAUAGCGCGUGCCUUAGAGGACUACUACCCUGGAGACUGCCGCUUCAUCUCUCUGCGUCAGGGUCAGGUGGUCUAUGUCUACGCCUUGCUGAAGGACCGAGGAAACAUGUUCUGGGCUGGCAGCGUCCAGGGGUCGUACUACGGGGAACAGGAGGCAAGACUGGGACAUUUUCCCAGCAGCGUCGUCGAGGAGACACACGCUCUCAUGCCAGCUACCAACGAGGUCAUGACUGAUAAUUGGGACUUUUACUGUAACUGAAGACCUAAGUGUCCUGAUUCUUUGUCUCCCGGCUGGCGCACUGCAACAUGAGGACAGGCCUGACAUCAUCAAACCAGUAUCUCUAUUAUCUACAAGCUAUGAUGAAAACACGUUAUAGUUUAAUAAUUUUUCUUUAUUACAACCAUGCAUAUACAGUAUAUUCUUUAGAAUAAACCUUCCUCUCAGCUGUUUAAUGUUAUCUCUGUGGCUUUAAUCUGAAAGAAUAAAGAUACUAUGCUGCUCUGA